AUGGCCAGUAAAACAUACAUCGUCGAGCAUCUUGAUGACGAGCUUGGCCCCUGGUCUGAACUGGAGUAUGUCACAAUAGCAAAAGAAUCUCACAUGGCAGGUGCAAAAUUCUGCCUGUCAUCAGUACCCCCGUCAUUGGUGUUACCAGAGGCCCUGAAAGUUGUACCUGGUUUCACGGCAGAUGGAAACAGCGUAGAAGACCUGUAUGCAGCUGAUAAAUCGCGUGUUUGCUUGCUUGACCCUUCGGCCUCGAAGGAGUUGAGUCCCGAGGAUGGCGACACAUUCGAUGUAUUUUUAUUUGGUGGCAUUCUAGGGGACGAUCCCCCGCGAGAUAGGACUUCGGAAUUGAGAAAGAAGGGAUUUGAGGGCCGUCGGCUUGGCCCAAAACAGAUGACCACCGAUACUGCUGUGAGAGUGACAAGAAUUGUCGUCCAAGAGAAGACCCCUCUUGAGAAGAUUCCGUAUACCGAUUACCCAGAACUCCGUAUCAACAAAAAUGAAAGCACAGAGAUGCCGUUUCGAUACGUGACGAGUGAGAAGGGAGAGCCCAUAAUGCCCGAGGGGAUGGUUGAUUUGAUCAAGAAAGACUCGGAGAAAGGUAUUGGCGAGCUAUUCUAA